AUUCCGACGUAGUUUGGGAGCGCUUCUUGCCACCUGAGUGCCAAUCCAUCAUUUCUAAGUUUUCCAAACUCACGUUGCCAGAUUUGCGUUCCAAGAAGGAGCUCUUUCGCCACCUCCGUGAACACUCGAUUCUCACCGAUGAUGGGAAAAAGGUUCCCAGAGUUUGAUGAGCUUAUACGUGUACGUUCGCUUGAGAUAAGUGGAAAGAUUAGUACUGGCAUUUUGUCACCAGGGACAAAUUAUGCAGCUUAUCUUGUGUACAAGCCAACAGAAAAGCCUUACGGGUUUGAAAAUCAGACAGUAGAGGUCAGUGUUGGACUUGUGGGAACUGAAAAGCAAAAACGAUCUGUAUAUUUGGAUGCAGUAAGUCCGAGCAAGCGAGAUCAGUUAGGGAUGUUUCAUAGUUUUGUUGAUCACGGCCUCAGUCUCGAGUUCCCGGCAUCUUGGGCAAGAGCGGAUUAUGGCCAUCAUCCUAGUCUUGUUUAUCGCACCCGCAGAGUCAAGCGGCAGGCAUCUUUGGCAAAAGAGGAUGAUGGCCAUCAUCAUAAGAAGAGAGUAGAUGACUGGCGUAAAGUCAAGUUAGGUGACUUUUACAAUGCAGGAGAUGAAAACGGUGAAUUGGAAAUGCGUGUGGAGGCGAGGAGUGGUGACUGGAUGGGUGGCCUUAUUGUUCAAGGAAUUGAGAUAAGGCCAAAGUAGUUUUACAGUAAGAUUUUUC